UCUGCUCUUUUCCCGCCUUUUCUUUUACAAUCUUUUGCUUUAAUUGAAUAUCAACCGUGUCUUUCUCUAGUUUCUGAUUUCCAACAACUAAGAUGAUUUCUUGUGUGCUUCUAUUGUAACGAAGUCUAUUCUCAAUUCCUGUCUCAGAGUCUGAUCGCAAAUACAUGAUUUCCUUUCUAUAAGCCUGCUCUUUUCUUAUGCUAUUCCUUUUUUUCUUGUAAGUCUUAUCUGCAUUGUUGAGUUCUUCCCCUUCUUCAUCUAGCUAUAAUUAUGCUUAGGAUGUUAACCAAGUUUCUUUUAGAAUUUUGAACCCCUUUUCUAGGGUAAGAACGACACAUUAAUUGGAUCUGAUCAUAAGCUUAGCCUUCAUUAGAGUACUGAAUUAUGAUUAUUAAAGAAAUAACUCUAAAUGGUUAGGAUUCAUUUCCUUUCUUCCUUUCAAGGAAGGCAUUUUUUUUUUUUUUGAUGAAAUUGGAGACUAAUGGGCAGUUUACCCCAUUAGUCACCAGCAAUCUUAUUGAAACAAGGAAGGCACAAUUACAACAUGAUUCAUAGUCAUUUGAAAGGAUUCUGGAGGACUUUUCCUUUCUGUUACAUGCAUACUUGAUAAAAAUAACUAACAAAAGAGAAUUCAUAACACCGACCCUAUAAUAAAGCUUGAUGCUUCAGGACACGGUUCUGCUUCACUUCAAAGAGUUGAAAGAAACAAUUGGUUUCUCAGAAAAAAAAAAAAGGAAGAAAAAAACUCUAAUAAGAGUUAAAACGAAGUAUCUUUUACCAUUGGUUUGAUUUGUUUAUUGAGAACUUCAAUGGUCUAGCUUGCUCUCAUUGAUGAAUCCAGCCGUGUAUUAGCUGGAAUUUGGAGCUUCAUUCCAGCUAGAACGUAACGACAAUUUUCACCUAAACCUGACCGAUUUUUAUGCUUUGAGCGACACCUGCAUUGUCUUUUGAGUUCUUUCCACACUGUCCAACCGCAGUUUUCAGUUCCUCUGGUUUCUUGCUGGCAUAUCAAGACAUUAUGAUCUUGUCACUUUCUUGGUGCUUGGAAGGAAUUAGCCUGAGCAGAGUGGAUGCCAGGCUGGUAACAUCAAUAGCUUUUCAGUCCUUUAUGAACAAGGUGGCAAUCACUCUCCAUUCACAAAUGUGAAGAUAGAGUUCCAUAAAGGGACGAAGGGAGCAGUCGACAAUGAAGGCACUAAUCCUUGUUGGAGGUUUUGGCACCCGCUUGCGGCCUUUGACGCUCAGUGUCCCAAAGCCUAUAGUUGAUUUUGCCAACAAGCCCAUGAUCCUGCAUCAGAUUGAAGCUUUGAAAGAGGUUGGGGUGACAGAAGUUGUUUUGGCCAUUAAUUAUCAACCAGAGGUAAUGCUCAACUUUUUAAAGGAUUUUGAGAGCAAGCUUGAUAUCAAGAUUACCUGCUCCCAAGAGACAGAGCCAUUAGGAACAGCUGGUCCCCUGGCUCUAGCGAGAGACAAGCUAAUAGAUGGUUCUGGGGAACCCUUCUUUGUCCUCAACAGUGAUGUCAUCAGUGAAUAUCCAUUUGCUGAACUGAUUAAGUUCCACAAAGCACAUGGUGGAGAGGCUACGAUUAUGGUAACCAAGGUUGAUGAGCCCUCCAAGUAUGGUGUUGUGGUUAUGGAGGAGGAGACAGGAAAGGUCGAUAGAUUUGUAGAGAAGCCAAAAAUAUUUGUGGGCAACAAGAUCAAUGCCGGGAUCUACUUGUUGAAUCCGUCUGUCUUGGACCGCAUCGAACUGAAGCCCACCUCAAUCGAGAAAGAAGUUUUCCCCAAAAUUGCAGCAGAUCAAAAGCUCUAUGCCAUGGUCCUGCCUGGUUUCUGGAUGGACAUAGGACAGCCAAGGGACUACAUCACCGGCCUAAGGCUCUACCUGGAUUCUCUUCGCAAGAAAUCACCCUAUAAAUUAGCUGUUGGCCCACACAUUGUGGGGAAUGUCUUGGUACAUGAGACUGCCGUGAUUGGAGAGGGGUGCCUGAUCGGGCCAGAUGUUGCAAUUGGACAAGGUUGCGUUGUGGAGUCUGGAGUGAGGCUGUCAAGGAGCACAGUGAUGCGAGAAGUGCGGAUUAAGAAGCACGCAUGCAUCUCUAGUAGCAUCAUUGGGUGGCAUUGCACAGUUGGACAGUGGGCACGGGUUGAAAACAUGACUAUCCUUGGGGAGGAUGUGCAUGUGUGCGAUGAGAUAUAUAGCAAUGGAGGUGUUGUGCUCCCUCACAAAGAGAUCAAAUCAAGCAUUUUAAAGCCUCAGAUCGUCAUGUGAGCAUGGAAAACUGAAGUGGUUUGGGUUGCAAGUGUUCCUGUUCUUUUUCGGGUUGCAAGCGUUCCUGUUCUUUGUCUUAGCAUUUCUGUCUCAGCUGCAAGUGUAUGGGUAUUUUGCUGUCAGUCAUUCAGUUUAUAAGCGUCUGUGUAUGCAUUUUUUCACUAUUGAGCUCAUGAAAGUUUGUUGUCUGAGUGUGUAGAUAUAAGUGCCUCCAUUGGACAUGGAAAGUGGAGUUUUAUUCUGUGAUAAAAUCUCUAUGGGUAUUGUUUUAUUUGUU